AUGGCCGAUGGCGACGAGUUCUACGUGCGGUACUACGUGGGCCACAAGGGGAAGUUCGGUCACGAGUUCUUGGAGUUCGAGUUCAGGCCGGAUGGUCGCCUCCGGUACGCGAACGAUUCGAAUUAUAAAAACGAGAAGAUGAUACGAAAGGAAUGCUACGUGACUCAGGCAGUGAUGCGUGAGCUCCGGAAGACCAUCGAGGACAGCGAGAUCCUGAAGGAGGACGACAACCACUGGCCCGCUCCAGACCGGGUCGGGAGGCAGGAGCUGGAGGUCGUCUGCGGCAAGGAGCACAUCUCCUUCACCACGUCGAAGAUCGGCUCCUUGGCCGAUGUGCAGGCCUCCAAGGACCCGGAGGGGCUGCGCGUGUUUUACUACCUGGUCCAGGACCUGAAGUGUUUCGUGUUCAGCCUCAUAGGCCUCCACUUCCGCAUCAAGCCAGUGUAA